CACGAUACGCUGCAAAAUCUCCCAGACAGAGCCAACGGAAAAUUUCCUGUCAACAUCUUCUUCUUCACCACCGGCAACCAUUACUCCUCUCCCCCUCCAUUUAAGAACCCUAAUUAAAGACCCUACAAGAUUCCUUUAUAUGCAAGAUCCAUUCUGCCUCCACUUGCCCAUGAUUUUGAUAUCAUAGCAGCCCCAAUUUACUCAGCAUCAUUAAAAUUGGUCCCCUUCUGGUACAGCUCCACAAGCACCACAUUCUUCCACUUGUACCUUAUUUAUUUUGUCAGAAGGGCGGGGAGGGGAUAGAAUAGAUUAUCAGUAAUGGCCCUGUUUCAGCAUUGUCAUCUUUCUGUAGCUUCACUUCAGUCUUCCGUUUCACCCCAGAAAAAUGCUCCAAUAAAGUAUGAGCUAAAAAAUUCAAUCUUUUUCAAUAGCCCUUUUGGGGAAACAAUCAAAAGAAGGUCCGCAAAUGCUCUCUCGGCUGUCACUGGUUCUAAUCAGCUCUCAUCAUCCAUUUCUUCUUUUAGUCAGUUGAUUGAGACUUUGAUAAGUGGGGUGGACUUAUCAGAAUCUGAAGCUGAGGAAUCCCUUGACUUCUUGUUGGAUGGUGCUGACGAGGCAUUGCUCAGUGCUUUUCUUGUUUUGUUGCGGGCCAAAGGAGAAACUUAUGAAGAAGUGGUAGGAUUAGCAAGGGCAAUGAUAAAGCAUUGUCGGAAAGUAGAAGGAUUAGAUGAUGCCGUAGAUAUUGUUGGGACUGGUGGUGAUGGUGCCAAUACAGUGAAUAUCUCAACUGGUGCUUCUAUUCUUGCUGCUGCUUGUGGCGUGAAAGUUGCAAAACAAGGGAAUAGGUCAAGCUCUUCAGCUUGUGGAAGUGCUGAUGUCCUUGAAGAAUUGGGAAUUGCAAUUGAAUUGGACCCUGAAGGUGUGAAAAGGUGUGUAAAUGAAGCAGGAAUUGGUUUCAUGAUGUCUCCAAUCUACCAUCCAGCCAUGAAGAUUGUUAGGCCGAUUAGAAAGAAGCUAAAAGUUAAGACUGUUUUUAACAUCCUGGGGCCCAUGCUGAAUCCAGCAAGAGUACCUUAUGCUGUCGUGGGUGUAUAUACAGAAGAUUUGGUCCACAAAAUGGCAAACGCACUUCAGAGAUUUGGCGUGAAAAGAGCACUGGUUGUUCACUCUGAGGGCCUGGAUGAGAUGAGUCCCUUAGGGCCUGGGGUAGUUCUUGAUGUCAAAGCAGAUGAGAUUGAAAAGUUCUCGUUUGAUCCUUUGGACUUUGGGAUUCCGCGUUGCACUUUGGAUGCCUUGCGAGGUGGAGGACCAGAGUACAAUGCAGAAGUGCUGAGACGUGUGCUAUCUGGUGAGCAAGGGGCCAUUGCUGAUGCAUUUGUGCUAAAUGCAGCAGCAGCCAUCUUGGUUAGCGGACACGUUAAAGAUCUGUCUGAAGGAGUGACCUUGGCUCGGCAAACAUUGUUAUCUGGGAAAGCAUUAAAAACCCUUCAUUCAUGGAAAGAAGUCUCAAAUAAGGCGAAAGAAGAAGCACAGAGUACUCUGAUAUCUGCAUAAUUUCAUAGCAAGUGUUAGUAAUGAAAACACACAACAGAGUUAAUUCAUAGCGCAGAGUCAAGUUUAUUUAGAGCUGUUCAAGCACUGCAAGUUUGAUCACCAUCUUGCCCUUUACAUAUUUUGCACCAUUCCAUCCAUGAGGAUGCAGAUCACAAAGAAUGUAUAUGAAAGAUCAGGACAAGAAAUAAAAACAAUUUUUGUUUUGUAGGAUCCAUCAAAGAACUUCCAACUUCAGUAGAGAGUAUUGAGUUGUUGUAUUUCGUGUAGUGAUUUGAAGGCAAACGAAUGUGAGUGAACCCUUCUAGAGAUAAACACGCAUAAUUCCUGUAAUCUGUUGUUGUACACUUGGUUUGAUAUAAUUAGUUAAUUACAAACUCUUGCGUUUGUCA